AAUUGAGUGGAGACCCAACCAAUAUGGCGGCGAUUUUGGAUUUACGCUCCAACCAAUAAUGUGGCCGGAGUUGGACGCCAACCACUCUUGAAUGCAGCGAGAGGCUAGACUUAUGGACCGGCUUGGCAAGUAGUACUAGUGUUUUUUGAACAGGCGUCACCAAAGCAGCCCGAGGGGCCUUGCGAUGGGGAACCAGGACGGGCAUAUAGGAUUGUGCAUCGGUUAAAAACAGUAGCACACAAAGUAAUAUUAGAUAUUAAUGGUUAUAAAAUCAAGGUAAUAUUAGUGUUACUGGCCAUAAGUGCAGGGCAAUAUUAGUUUUACUGUUUAUUAGGGCUGGGUAAUACUAGUGUUACUCGUUAUUACUGCUGGGUAAUACUAGUGUUACUGGUUAUUAGUGCUAUUCGGCUCUACUCUCAUAACGCUUUCAGAAGGACAGAACAGCGCGCUGAACUAAAGGUAGACUUUAAAGUUAAUAGUAGUUAACCAGGGUAAUAAGUAGUGUACUGGCUCUAACCCAGCGAGCUGAGCUAGGGCUGUUUGUGCGGGUGAAGCCGGGGAUCUGCUUAUUAAAACAUACGUUAAACCGUAGAAUGAAGAACUGCGCUGGAUAAAUGUUAAUGGGAAAGUAACAUUAACUAGCUCAAUACAUCAUGACAGAUGAUGUCGUUUUAUUGAACGUACCAAUAAUUCGACAGCUCUAUCACUGGGAUUGCGGACUGGCAUGUUCUCGGAUGGUUUUAAAAUAUCUUCAUCCAGUGAGUGAGGAGGAGUUCCAGGGAGCCUGUUGGGAUCUGAAGUUGACGGAGAGCGUAUGGACCAUCGACCUGGCUUAUCUCAUGUGCCAGCUAGGCGUAAAGCACUGUUUCUGCACACAAACUUUAGGAGUAGACAAGGGCUUCAGACACCAGUCAUUCUACAAAAAACAUUUUGACACUGAGGAGGACAGAGUAAAUGACCUGUUUCUGAAAGCAGAAAGCAAAGGAGUGGUGGUGAAAAAAUGCUCUGUUACCAUUCAGGAGAUCGAGACUCAUCUUGACCAGGGUCAUGUAGCCAUCGUGCUAGUCAAUGCUGUAGUGCUCGUGUGUGAACUGUGCUCCACUCCAGUCAAAUACUGCUGCUUUCUCCCUGUGGGCCAAAAGUGUUUCUGCCGGAAGCCUGAAUACCAGGGGCACUUUGUGGUGGUGUGUGGAUUUAAUCGUACCACUGGCUGCAUCUUUUAUAACAACCCAGCCUACUCUGACCGUGUGUGCAGCACUAGCAUUAGUAAUUUUGAAGAUGCAAGAAUGAGCUAUGGAACAGAUGAGGAUAUACUUUUCAUCUUCAAGGACAGUUGAUAAUAGUUUUGUCUUUUGACUGGCUGACAACUGGAAUUUUCCAUGUAGACACAUGCAUUGAAAAACAGGUAAAAUGUCCCUGGGCUUUGCUUUUUGCUUCAGACCACGGUGCUUAACAUGUCAUAUGAUAGAGGAUCAAGCUCUUGUAAUGGACAGAAAAAAAACAAAACUGAAGGAUAAUUAGUUUACAUUCUCCAAUUCACUGUCAUCUGUGAAUGAGAGAAUGAAGAAUCAUGAAAAAAUAGUUCUUUGGUAAUUCCUAUAUUACCUUUUUAUAAUUUUUGUUUAGUUAUUUCAGAUUGUAGGCAUAUGCAGUGAAAUAUGUACUGUAAUCUCAGGUAUACUUUUUAUGGUCCCACACACCGGAAACAUCAUAGACGGCAAAAUAUUGUGUAAUUUCUUUAUAAACAACCUAUGAAAAAAAUAACUAUUAUGAAUACAUCUUUGGUAGCUUAAAAAGGGUGUGACUGCUUAUGCCAGUUGAAGAGUUACGUUAUGCACGAUUUACACAUGCUCAGAAUACUGGGACAUCAUCAGGUCUUGCAUCAGUAUUGAUUCACCCUAAAAUUAACCAGUUUUAUAUAAUGUUGUCAUAAAUUAAUAGUUAAUGUCUUUUACUUAAUGCAAUACCAGCAACUUUUUAUAAAGUCCCUUUAUCAGCUUAAAUGGCUUUAAGAUGUAUGUGUUUAAACAAUGUUAGUCAUCCAUUUGUUUUUUGACAGGACUAGAGACCAGGUAACAUUUAUUUUACCAUUAGUUAAAAACACUAGUCAUUGGUUAACUGCAAGCUGUAAUACAGAACAAUCAACAGUUGUGAAUGUGUUUGCAUACAGUCAUUAUCGGAAAUAAAUGUGAUGGCAAUAUUGGCCUGUAUCUGCCUCACUUAUAUUUCUAAUAUAAAAUAUUGAAUAAUGAUGAUGCUGUGUUGCUUGACAAAAUGUUUUGAAACUUUUAGCACCACUGAAUUAAUGUGUACCUUUUUUUAUUAUUUGUAAUUUUGCCCCCUAAUUCUAAAAUUUGUGUACUGAAUUAAUGGAUUUGGGAUGGAAGAGGUAGGAGGGAAUAUUCUGCCCCAGUUCAUUGAAAACCCAAUAAUAGCAUGAUUUUGAUGUCCAUUUAUGUAUGUAAAGAUUCAAAAAC